CUCCACGGCGUCAAAUUCGACCCGGAUCCGACUCUAAUAGGUCCGGUUCCCGUUUUCACACUUUUGGAGCUGCACCUGAAGAGAUUGCUCAUUGCCCCGUCGAAGCGGAAGCGAUUGCUGAAGAAGAUCAUGGGCAUGGCAAUGGUAGAAAUAGUAACGAUAAGCCAAAUAGCGUAAAUGAAUAUUGUUCAAAUCGUAGUUGAUUCUUAAUCAGUAGCUAAAAUCAUUGUUUCUGUUGAUCCGCUCUUCUCCGAGGACUCUUCGCGUCUUCAAGAAUUCUACAUAGAGUGAUGGCAGAAGAGUCAACAACAUGUGUCUGGCAUGGCUAACGGCCCAUCAGCAAGUCUCAUAGACGACUUCCCUGAGCGAAUUUCCGAAAAGAGUCCUUGAAAACAAUCUUCUUAGGGGUGGUCUAUAAACAUAAGAGAGAAACAAAGUGAAAAAAAAAAGAGAUGCUGGGAUUUUCAUAUGGAGAGGUAUUUCUGUUGCUUGGUGCUACUGCUGCUCUUAUUGGACCUAAAGAUCUACCAAUCAUCGCUAGAACACUAGGCAGAUUUGCUGGGCGUUCCAUUGGUUAUGUUCAAUUGGCCCGUGGCCAGUUAGAAAGUGUCAUGCAGCAGUCCCAAGCUCGCCAGGUGCAUAAGGAACUGCAAGAUACCAUGGCUCAACUAGAAGCUAUACGUCAUGAAAUUCGAACAAUCUCUUUUAUGAAUCCUGGUCCACUGACAUCAAGGCUAGUGGACAACAUCAACACUACAGCUGGGGAUAACACGACUGCAAAUGGACCUCAAAAAUCUGAUGAAGAGAGCACAAUCGUUGAAAAUGGACCUAAAAAAUCUGAUGAAGACAUUACAAUAGUUGAAAAUAGACCUCAAAAAUCUGAUAAAGAGAGCAAAACAGUAACUAUCACACCUAAGGAACAUAAUUCAAGGAACUCAGCUUUAUCUGAUAUGCACAGCCAAGCAGCUGCUUAUGCGAGAUUAGCAGAGAUGGCUCCUUUGAAAUCUGUAUCUAUAGAGAGAGAAGGUCUGAGUGAACUGACCGAUGAAUCUGGCAGUAUUGUUGUACUUCCUGUCUCUGCUGAAAGCGCAGGAUUGUUGCCAAAACGUAAAGCUGGAGCAAAAGGGUCUGACAUUAUCUUAGAAGCAAUACUGGAGGCAGAUGUGGCAAAGAAUGCCAAAGAAUUUUUCUCACAGCCACAAAACCAAUUAAAAAGUGAAUGAAGAGUUUUUGAAAGAGAUGGUGUAUAAACUUCGCAUGUGCAACAAAAGAGGAGGAAACCAAGAGAACAUUUUAGCUGAAGCCAGAGUAUAAGAAAUCUGCGAAGGAUACAGGUGUCGAGCCAAUUGUGUCUCCGUUUUAAUUUAUAUUAGAUGUGCAACGUAGAGUGAUAGGUUUAGUCAGAAAUUUUCAAUAUUUAUCGAUAGGUGUGUUGAUAUAAUGUUGUUGUCAAUCAUGAGAUGCAUAGAGUUAUGUGGAUGGGAUACUUACUGGAAUGUGCUAACUUAACCUAUUUUCUUUAUUUUACUUUGCCUUUUAAUUU